AUGGCCGAAUUGGCGAAAUUACUUCCAUCGUCGAUCGAGCAGGUCACUGCGCGCUUUUCUGCGCUUCGGCUCACGGCGGGGCGAUGGGGCGGGGAAGAAGAGACGGCGGGGCCCGGCGGUCGUGCGGAUCCAGCGACCACAGGGCGGGCAGCAGUGCAGCAGAGGAGGCAGGAAGCCCGAGGAGGGGUGGGAGGCGGGAAGAGACGGAUGUCCUUCCCCCUCGCUCCUCCUUCCCUCCCCCUUUUAACUCCUCCUCAACCGCCUCGCCCGUGCAUCACGCACCCUGUGCCCUACCCAUCCCACCCUUCCCAUCCCACCCUUCCCCCGCCCUGCUCUCAGAGGGCUCUCGUCGCGGCCAUCUGGGAGCUAUCAUCGCGCCCAUCUGAAGACGCCAAGCCAUACAAGCCGCCCAUGGACCUCGCCAUGUGGGACUUUGGGCAGUGUGACAGCAAGCGGUGCACGGGGCGCAAGCUGCUGCGCCUGAGGCUCAUUCGGGAGAUGCGCGUGCAGCAGCGCUUUGGGGGCAUCUGCCUCAGUCCAACGGGGCAGAGGGCGGUGUCAAGGGCGGACGCGCCGCUGCUGGCAGCCAAGGGGCUGGCCGUGGUGGACUGCUCCUGGGCUCGCCUUGCGGACGUGCCCUUCGCUGCCCUCAAGUCCGGCGCCCCCAGGCUGUUGCCGUGGCUGGUGGCGGCCAACCCAGUGAACUACGGCAAGCCCUGCCAGCUGUCAUGCGUUGAGGCCAUGGCUGCUGCGCUCUACAUCUGUGGGGACAAGGAAACUGCCAGGGAGCUGCUCAGUCGCUUCAAGUGGGGCCACGCCUUCCUCUCCCUCAACAGGCGAGUUGUUUCCUCCUUUCCCCAUAUACUCAUUUCUCUCAACUGCCCACGCUUCCCCUCCAAUUUGCUCAACGCCUCCCCUUUCACCCUUCCUUUUCACUCAUCAUCUCCUCCUGUCCCUCAUCUGCUCUCUUUGCCCUUUCCCCUCUCCGCCCCAACCUUCCCUUUCUCCCCUAUUAUCCCUCUUUUUUCGUCACUCUUCCCCUUUCACUCCCCUCCAUCUCUUGCACGAAUCCCCCAACCCUUCCUCCCGCACCCCCUCUCUCUCCCACCACCGGUGCAGCGAGCUGCUGAAGGCAUAUGCAGCGUGUGCGGACAGGGCAGGCGCGGCACAGCCACAUGCCCCUCCCACCCCUUCCCGCUGCGCCACCCACUACUACCUUGCGCUACCCUGUGCCUUCAUGCCCCUCCCACCCCUUCCCGCAGAUUGCCUGCAGCGAGCUGUUGGUGGAGUAUGCGGCGUGUGCAAAGGAGCGUGUGCAAAGGAGCGUGUGCAAAGGAGGCAAAGGCGUCAGCCUCAGCAUGCCUCCUUCCUCUUCACCACCCCCUUCCCUUCCCUCCCACUGGCUCUUGCGUGCAGUGA